AUGUCAACCGCUGCCCUCACACCCGACGAAUUGAACGGAACCAGUCCCAUAUUCCAGGUCUCUCCUCAGGAGAACCGCGUACUUGUUGCACCAACGUAUGAGAGGCUGGGCUUGAACAACUUCCGAUUCCUCUUCUGUUGCUGGCAGAUGUCAAGCGCUCCCCCAAUCAUUACAAAGCCAGUCGCGUCACCAACCGCAUCCUCGACCGCCGCUCUGACUGCAGUCCCAACGCCGCCCGGGGAGCUCGACGGUACCAAUCCUAUAUUCCACAUCUCCCCGCAAGACUUCAUAACUCUUGCGCCUCCAACCGUUCAUCGAUCCCACGCUGGCCUGCGGAUCAAUCAUCUACAACAUGACCAGGAACACCAAGCCCUGAGCUCUGCUCUCGUGGGUCAUGCCUACGACGGGCUUGAUUAUACACGUUUGUUAUCCAGCCUUGAACGACAGCACAUGACUGACUCUGUAAUAGAGACCUACUACUCUUCUGCCGGUACCAGGACAGUCACCGAUCCUCUCAACACCGUGAGACAGACCCGCAUCGCUCCCAUCCCCGAAGCCGCCGAGCACCAUCCUCCGCUCGCACCUAUACGUCCUCCAACCUCGCCCUUCCUACGCUGGACUCAGCAGAUUCCAGACCCCGUUCCCGUGCGCAACCUUCCCGUCAUAACGGUCUCGCCGCCCCGAGGAGAACCACGCGCUGCCUUCCUCGAGACUGACGAUAUCCAGGGCAGAAUGGCUACCGCGCCGUACUUGAGACCGCGCCGAUGGUAG